CGAGAUCAAGUCUCACAUCCAGCUGAACCAUGUAUGUUGCAUGUCUGCUCGCCCUACUGCCAUGCCUGCUGGCGCCCGCUCAGGGCGCUAAGAAUUACGGGUCUGCCUUACAAAAAUCAAUUCUCUUCUUCGACGCUCAAAGGUUAGUACAGUGCUGUAGUUCUAUGGUACGGUAAGGGCACCUCAUUAGUAUAGUAAUGUAGAUCUAAGAAACGGUAAUGGCACCCCAUUAGUAGAGUACUUUAGAUCUAAGAAACGGUAAUGGCACUCCAUUAGUAGAGUACUGUAGAUCUAAGAAACGGUAAUGGCACCCCAUUAGUAGAGUACUGUAGAUCUAAGAAACGGUAAUGGCACCCCAUUAGUAGAGUACUGUAGAUCUAAGAAACGGUAAUGGCACCCCAUUAGUAGAGUACUGUAGAUCUAAGAAACGGUAAUGGCACCCCAUUAGUAGAGUACUGUAGAUCUAAGAAACGGUAAUGGCACCCCAUUAUUAGAGUACCGUAUAUCCAAUAUCUAGUAUUGUAGUUACAUAGCACUUCAUUCAUUAAAAAAUAAAGCGCAAUUAACAUUGGAGACUUAAUUUUUAUGAAUGUACAACAUAAUAAUGCAUCCUCAUAAAUGGGACAACUUGUGGAUCUUCAAAAAUAUUGUGAAGGUUUCAUUGUCACUGAUAGAAAUAUUCCACUUCAUUUUAUAGAUGUUUCAAGCUUUUUGUUGCAACCGGUCACUUGGACCACUUCACCAACCCUUACCCAACCAACCCUUAGCCAACUAACCCUUAGCCAAAAAACCUUUAGCCACCAACCCUUAGCCAACCAACCCCUAGCCAAGCAACCCUUUGUCAACCAACCCUUAGCCAACCAACCCUUAGCCAAGAAACCCUUAGCCAACCAACCCUUAGCCAACCAACCCUAUUCCAACCAACUCUUAGCCAACCAACCCUUAGCAAACCAACCCUUAGCCAACCAACCCUUAUCCAAUCAACUCUUAGCCAAUCAACCCUUAGCCAACCAACCCUUAGCCAAGAAAUUCUUAGCCAAGAAACCCUUAGCCAACCAACCCUUAGCCAAGAAACCCUUAGCCAAAAAAUCCAUAGCCAACCAACUCUUAGCCAAGAAACCCUUAGCCAACCAACCCUUAGACAAGAAACCCUUUGCCAAAAAAUCCUUAGUCAAACAACUCUUAGCCAACCAACCCUUAGCCAACCAACCCUUAGCCAACCAACCCUUAGCCAACCAACCCUUAGCCAACCAACCAUUAGCCAACCAACCUUAAUCCAACCAACCCUUAGCCAAGCAAACCCUUGUCAACCAACCCUUAGCCAACCAACCCUUAGUCAAACAAACCUUAGCCAAACAACCGUUAGCCAAGAAACCCUUAGCAAACCAACCCUAUUCCAACCAACUCUUAGCCAGCCAACCCUUAGCCGACCAACCCUUAGCCAACCAACCCUUAGGCAACCGACUCUUAGCCACCCAACCUUAGCCAACCAACACUUAGCCAACCAACUCUUAGCCAAGAAACCCUUAACCAAUCAAUCAUCCACCUCCUCCCAACUUUACCAUCCACAAAGUAUAAACUGUUCACACCAAAUCCUUACACCAGGCCUGCACAACUAAAAAAAAAAUAGAUUUUGGAAAUGCUACGCGAUAUUUUGCAAUUGUUCACGCGACAUUUUGCAAUUGUUCACGGGGCAUUUUGCAAUUGUUCACGGGGCAUUUUGCAUUUCUUCAUGCGCCAUGCCGAUUGUUCAGUAGCUGGCUAGGUAAUGCUCCACUAUAGCCAAUGGUGUCCUACAUUUGUCUAUCCAUAAGGCAUUGUCCACUGUAACAUUCAUUUUAAGCUGAACGUGUUUUCACUCCACCAUGUUAAUAAUCACUAAAGUUAUUAUUCAUUUAAUAAAAUGUUUUGGCAUUCCAACAAAAGGGGUCCUUAUCAACUCAGACAAAAAAAGUUCUUGCAGAGAAUUUGAUAUUUUACGAUCACUACUAGAUCAAGAAAGUUACUUGCCAAAAAUAGUGUUUGCCUGCUCCGAUCACUUACAGAUCAGGAAAACUACCUGCAAACAAUCCAGUCCACUGGAGAGGAGACUCUGGCCUUCACGACUGUGUUGUUGGUGGCUGGUACGACGCUGGAGACCAUGUCAAGUUCGGACUUCCAAUGUCUUCCUCUACAACUCUGCUACUGUGGGGUAUCAACAGGUAACUAAUAUUUUUUUUACCUCUAUGCUAGACCCAGCAUUUAUUUACCUCUAAACCUUUGUUGAACAAUGUAGAACGAGUUGUUUUUAAAUACAACCUAAAAUUUGUUAACAAAGGACUCUCUUUAUGACGUCAUUAGAGACGAAACCCUCUAAAACAAAAUGCUGUAACGCAAGAGUCUUCCAAUAAAGUUAAAAUAAGGAGAUCGGUGGGGGCCCGUUUUAAAAUGUCUUGUUUCAAUUAUCACUUAAAUAGGGACCCUACAUAAUUAAUAAGAUAAAUAGCAAAUCAAAAAAAAAACAUGAAAAUAGGUUGAAAAUACAAGAUGUAAUGUGUAUAUAUGGUAAAUUAAGUAAGUAUCACUGUCCCCGUUAGUUGUGAAUAUUUUUAGCUCAAAAUCCUCCAGGUUUUCAGUAUUACUUUUCAAGUGCAUUUGUACGAGUUUGCGCCUAGAUCUAUCCAUCAAGUGUAAUUUUAUUUAUUCAACUUUUUGAAGACAAAAAUAACUUAAUCGUUCGUAUUUUUAGUUUGUAUAGCUUAGAGUUUAGCGAUAUUUUAAAACGGAUAAUGAAAUAUUGUAUGACCAAGUUUUGUCUAGAUUCAAGCAACUCUCACACAGCCGGAUCUUUUCCCAUUUUCCCACCAUUGCUGACUUCAACACUUUUAGAGCCCAUACUGUUGUCUUGGACUGUAGAUUUUUAGAGCAACUACUGUUGUCAUAGACUUUAGACUUUUAGACUGUAGACCAUCACAAAUAAAGUCAUAUUGGUCUUACAAGCGCUAUUUUGAACCGUCCAACCUUUGACCCGCAGGUUCAAGGACGGCUAUACCAGAGCCAACCAACUGAACCAGGCCUACGACUCCGUCAAAUGGCCCUUGGAUUACUUCCUACGCGCCUGGAACCCCAACACCCACACACUGACCGUGCAAGUUGGUGACGGUAAUGCUGACCACGCUUGGUGGGGCCGUCCAGAAGACAUGACCAUGGCCAGGCCAUGCCAGACAGUGACCACUGCUCACAAGGUAAGUAAGUUUUAGUAAUUAUCUUUAAUUGAUAUCGAUCUUUGAGCAAUUUAAUACGAUACAGUACUAAAUCCCGCGCUAGCUUCAUGAAAAAAUAUAUUUUCGCCAACUUAAUUUUCAACAUAAAACCAUUCGAAAAUUUCUUUUAAACCAAAAAUUAUAUUUAAAUUCAUCAUUAAAGGUUUCAAAAGUGACAUAGCUUUUCAACUUACAAGGAGCUAUACAUUAGCUAGUACAGCCUCCCCCCUCAUACACAGUAGCUAAUACAGAGCCCCCCCUCAUACAUAGUAGCUAAUACAGACCCCAACCUUACACGCUGUAACUAACCCCCUCGUACAUAAUAGCAAAUAAAGCCUCCCCUCAUACACUUUACCUGGCGCCCCCACCCCCUCACAAUAAGCACAUACUUUGAUAUCAACUUGUCCUGGCAGGGCAGUGACAUCGCGGCCGGCACAGCUGCAGCUCUCGCAGCUGGUUCCAUCGUUUUCAAGGACAAAGGGGAUGCUGCCUACAGCAACCAGCUUCUUCACGCUGCUGAGACCCUGUACGCUUUCGCCAAGGCCAACAGGUGGGUCUCUCACAUUGGUCAGUCAGAUUAGUCAGUCGCAUGGGUCAGUCACAUGGGCCAGUCACAUGGGUCAGUCACAUUAGUCAGUCAGAUUAGUCAGUCACAUGGUUUAGUCACAUGGGUCAGUCACAUUGUUCAGUCAGAUUGGUCAGCCACAUGGGUCAGUCAAAUGGGUCAGUCACAUGGGUUAGUCACAUUGGUCAGUCAGAUUAGUCAGUCAGAUUGGUCAGUCACAUGGGCCUGUAACAUGGGUCAGUCACAUUGGUCAGUCAGAUUAGUCAGUCACAUGAGUCAGUCACAUGGGCCAGUAACAUGGGUCAGUCACAUGGGCCUGUAACAUGGGUCAGUCACAUUGGUCAGUCACAUUGGUCAGUCACAUGGGUCAGUCACAUGGGCCAGUCACAUGGGCCAGUCAUAUGGGUCUGUAACAUGGGUCAGUCACAUGGGUCAGUCAUAUGGGUCAGUCACAUUGGUCAGUCAGAUGAGUCAGUCACAUGGGUCAGUCACAUGGGCCUGUAACAUGGGUCAGUCACAUUGGUCAGUCAGAUUGGUCAGUCACAUGGGUCAGUCACAUGGGUCAGUCACAUGGGCCAGUAACAUGGGUCAGUCAAAUGGGCCUGUAACAUGGGUCAGUCACAUUGGUCAUACAGAUCGGUCAGUCACAUGGGUCAGUCACAUGGGCCAGUAACAUGGGUUGGUCACAUGGGCCUGUAACAUGGGUCAAUAACAUGGGUCAGGCACAUGGGUCAGUCACGUGGGUCAGUUUCAUUGGUCAGUCAUAUUGAUCAGUCACAUGGGUCUGUCACAUUGGUCAUUCACAUUGGUCAGUCAGAGGGGUGACAUACAUAGGUCAUUCAUAUAGGUCUGUCACAUGGGUAAAUCUCAUUGGUCAGUCACGUGGGUCACUCGAUUGGCUCAGUCACUGCAAUGUUAUUUUGAUAGAGAUUAUGUUGGACUUGUAACAUUGGUGUCCUUGUCAAGCAUUUAUACAAAGUGUUGUUUUUUUAAAUUUGUUUCUUUUAGUAAUUUUUUUUUCCUGGCAUCCGUCCGUCACAAAGGUGACGACGGUGUAGACUUUGCAGGACGAAAUCAGCGAAGAACUUUAAAUAACCGUAUGUGUUCCCAGGGGCGUGUUCACGGGGGCAGCAGCCUUCUACUCCUCGAGUGGUGACCGGGAUGAGCUCUGUGAGGCGAGUAUCUGGCUGUACAAGGCAACAAGGAACGCUGCUUUCUUGAACGACGCCAAGUCUUUCGCCGAGACGGCCACUGCCUGGGCUUUGGGCUGGGACGAUAAGAAAGGUAAAUUACAGGGGAUAGUAGGGAUAAAGUACAGAGGGGUAUUUAGGAUAAAGUACAGAAGGGUAUUUAGGAUAAAGUACAGAGGGGUAUUUAGGAUGAAGUACAGAGGGGUAUUUAGGAUAAAGUACAGAAGGGUAUUUAGGAUAAAGUACAGAGGGGUAUUAAGGAUAAAGUACAGAGGGGUAUUUAGGAUGAAGUACAGAGGGGUAUUUAUGAUAAAGUACAGAGGGGUAUUUAGGAUGAAGUACAGAGGGGUAUUUACGAUAAAGUACAGAGGGGUAUUUAGGAUACAAAAAGUAGAAAAACAAGAUAUGAGGAAGCUUGAAAUAGAAAGACAGGACAAUAAAAGAAAAACGUUUCGGCUAAGUGCCUUCCUCGGCAACACACCUUUUUCUUCUAUUUCCUUCACACAGCCUGAACGCUUUCCUUCAUUUGAUGUCCUUUGCUUAAGAUAAGAAAGGUAAAAUACAGGGGUAUAAAGGAUAAGAAAGGUAAAAUACAGGGGUAUAAAGGAUAAGAAAAGUAACAAACAAGGGUUUAAAGGAUAAGAAAUGUAAAAUACAAGGGUUUAAGGGAUAAGAAAGUUAAAGUACAAGGGGUUUAGGAUCUGGAAAGCAGUUCAAUGGGGCAUUUAUGUUAGAAAAAUGCGAAAGAAUGCAGGAUAAUACAGGAUAAUUGCAAGGGUUCUAAGUUUGUGAAACUUUGAGUCCAACUGGGAUUCGGACUGGGAGAGAAAUCCUUCAUAUGCAACCAUAAUAUCUUAAAAAUAUCAUUAUAAUUUUAUUGCUAAACCACAUUGUUUCUUAUAUCCAAUCAAAAAUAUAUUUAUUGCAUAUUAAAAUAAAUGUAAACUGCCUUUUUCCUAAAGUAGCGUUUUUACGGCCUUUGUCCUAAAGUAGUCUUCAUUCUGCCUUGGUCCUAUAGUAAGCUUUUCAACAAAAAAAAUUAAUGACCAGAAGAAAAACUUCAGUGGUUUCCCUUGCCUUGAUCACCAGUCUAUUUACUUGAUCAAUGGGACAGCUCGAAGCUGACAGCUGUUUAUAGAACACAAAGUACUAAAUACAUCCGAGAAGCUAAACAAUAGAUCAACUGAGCAAUUAUAUAGCAAGCUAAACAAUAGAUCAACUGAGCCAUUAUAUAGCAAGCUAAACAAUAGAUCAACUGAGCCAUUAUAUAGCAAGCUAAACAAUAGAUCAACUGAGCCAUUAUAUAGCAAGCUAAACAAUAGAUCAACUGAACUCAAUAACGUCAUAUAUUAACCAGUUGUGUAGGCCUCUGCGAACAGUUUUGCCGAGUAAGUUACUGGAUUGAAUAGCUGGAUUGGGGUACUGGAUUUGAAUUAUUGGAUUAAGUGACUUGACUGAAUUACUGGAUUGAUUGACAAGAUUACAAUAUUUCGUAUAAAACUUGCACAAAAUAUGAUCACUUUGUUCUUCUGCCUCAAUCUUCAGUGGCGUGUCAACCCCUUUAUUAAGAUGAUUAAUGUGUUCUUCUGCCUCAAUCUUCAGUGGCGUGUCAACCCUUUUAUUAAGAUGAUUAAUGUGUUCUUCUGCCUCAAGCUUCAGUGGCGUGUCAACCCUUUAUUAAGUUGAUUAAUUUUGUCUUCUGCCUCAAUCCUCAGUGGAGUGUCAACCCCUUUAUUAAGAUGAUUAAUGUGUUCUUCUGCCUCAAUCUUCAGUGGCGUGUCAACCUCUUUAUUAAGAUGAUUAAUGUGUUCUUCUGCCACAAUAUUCAGUGGUGUGUCAACCUCUUUAUUAAGAUGAUUAAUGUGUUCUUCUGCCUCAAUCUUCAGUGGCGUGUCAACCUCUUUAUUAAGAUGAUUAAUGUGUUCUUUUGCCUCAAUCUUCAGUGGCGUGUCAACCCUUUUAUUAAGAUGAUUAAUGUGUUCUUCUGCCUCAAGCUUCAGUGGCGUGUCAACCCUUUAUUAAGUUGAUUAAUUUUGUCUUCUGCCUCAUUCUUCAGUGGCGUGUCAACCCCUUUAUUAAGAUUAUUAAUGUGUUCUUCUGCUUCAAUCUUCAGUGGCGUUUCAACCCCUUUAUUAAGAGUAUUAAUUUUUUCUUCUGCCUUAAUCUACAGUGGCGUGUCAACAACUUCUAUGGGAGGAAACGAAGGACGCACAUUACAGAAAUCUUGUUGCAGCUUUCCUCCAGAGUUGGCAGCCCGGGGGUGGUAUAGCAUACACCCCAUGCGGCCUUGCCUGGAGAGACAAAUGGGGGGCAAACAGGUACUGUCCACUAUUAGCUUAUAUUUAAUCGUAUCUAUAGAAGAAACAAAUGGGAGCUUUGAUAUUUAUAGGCACUCAGUAAAACUUUUCCACUCCAACCCGUUUUGUUUAAUUACUAGCCUGCACAACUCAAAAUCUAAGGCGGGCUGUAAUACUUUAUGAAAAGCUUGUGCUGGCCGAAGGAUAUUAAAGGACAAGGGAGAAAGCUAUUAAGAAAAUAAAAAUAAUAGAAUAUUUCGUUACGUCACCUGCCGCCAAAAGGGUGCUGGCGGGCCGGAUGCGGGCCGUGGGCCGAAUGAUUUGUGGGCCUGUUUUAUUACAUUAAAAUAUAAAUCAUUCGCAAAUUUGCUAACCCAUUUUUCUUUAAGUUACCAAACACUUCAUGAAGCCUCACCGAAAUCCUUUAUAAAUUCAACUCGGAAACAAUGAUAAGUCAUCAAUUGACGAAACAAUCUUCACAGAAUAAUGAUUCUGUCGGCUGUCAGGUAUACUGAUUUAUUCAAAGCACUCUUUUUGUCUGUUGUCAGAUACGCUGGAAACUCCGCCUUCGUCGCUCUCGUCGCCGCUGAAUCUGGUAUCGAUGCCGCCAAGUAUCGCGCAUGGGCCACAGAACAAAUCAACUAUCUUCUUGGAGACAACCACCACGCCGGCGGCUGCUUCAGCUUCGAGAUCGGCUACGGCUCCAAGUACCCCACCCAGCCCCACCAUAGGGGCGCGUCCUGCCCCAACAGACCGGCCGCGUGCAGCUGGGACCAGUACAACUCACACUCGGCCAACCCCCAGGUCUUACAGGGGGCCCUGGUCGGUGGCCCCGACCAAAACGACGCCUACACCGACCUGAGGUCAGACUACGUUCACAACGAGGUCACCACAGACUACAACGCUGGCUUCCAGAGCGCCCUGGCUGGCAUCCUCCACCUCCAAGCUCACAACGCACUCCCGGCCACCCACAACAAGUGUCCGUGCAAUCAAUAAGUGGUUGGACAAUACAGUAGUCUUCUUCUUCUUUCCUUCUUGGUUUUGUUCAUAUUUUUAAAAAUAUUAGAACUAUAUUUUUUGUAAUGGUGUAUACUGUAACGGUGUUCAUUGAAAUGGUGUCCACAAACGGUGUCCAAUGUUACGGUGUCCAUUAAAAUUUUGUCAAUAACUGGUGUCCGAUGUAACGGUGUCCAUUAUAAUUUUGUCAAUAACUGGUGUCCGAUGUAACGGUGUCCAUUAUAAUUUUGUCAAUAACUGGUGUCCGAUGUAACGGUGUCCAUUGUAAUUUGAUUUAAAAAAAAGGGUGUCCAAUGUAAAGGUGUCCUCUUAAAUAUUACCUUUUGCUCCUUUAUUCUUUAGUCUGUCUUUUCUCCUCUCUAUCUCUCUCAACUCUCUCCCCCACCCGACCAUCUUUUCAACUCUAUCUUUCUCGCUCUUUCACCAUUCCCACGCUUCUCUUUCCAAUCAUCCCCUCCUCUCCCUCUUUACAAUCCCAUGCGUCAUUACUUCCCCUACUAUCUAACAUCGUUCCUUGAUAUUAUCUUUUUGCAUCCACUAAAAAAAAAAAAAAAGUUACUGGAAAACUUCAUCGAAAAUUCGAGUUUAACCAUUAACACUUUUUAAUUGCCAGCAAUUAACAUUUAAAACAAUUCAAAACUCAACAAUUGUAAAAGAGAUGAGAAUACCAAAGGACGGACUGCAGUCAAGCUAAAAGAGAGUUUCAUUUUGUUGGGUUUUUUUAAUUAAAAAAAUGUAGCACUGUUGAACUUGGCUUGAACUUUGGUAGAUAGUCUUUUUAUUCUGGUCGUUUUGUGAAAGGAAAUGUAUUCAAUACAAAGCGUGUGAAAUUAUGUUCAAUAAAUAAAUGGUUAAAUAUAUCUCAAAUAAAAAAAAAACAGACUUGAUGUGUAGGAUGAGUCGUCUAAACUUCUUUCUUCUUCAAUUAGGGGAUCACCUAAUUAAUGUCCUUAAAUGUGGAUUUAAUGUGGAUUUAAUAACAAUGUGGAUUUAAUAACAAUAAAUAUUUCUAUAUUCCAUUAGUGAAUGACACGAUAGCGUGUUGAUUCCGCAAAUGUAAGACAACCCAUGUGACGUAUAAAUUGAGCUUAUAUUUGAAUGGUCUCCCCGAAAAUGUUAUUUUUAUCAAAGUUUGUCAGCGCGACCUCCUUUUGUUGACAGAUCAAAACGCGUAGAGAGAGACUAACUCUAGGCCUC